AUGGCCAACGAGCCUCUCACACCAGGGGCAACACUUUGUGGCCAGUCGGGGCGCACAUAUACUAUCCAGGAGGUGCUUGCUGAAAGACGGAAGCCUCUGUUAUGUGUUUAUCGUGCGAGUGCCGAAGGGCAGGACUUUAUUGUUAAAAAUAUGAUACCAGGGGAAUACGAGUAUCAACAAGAUUUGCAGAAGCCCUUAUCCUCAUGUCCCAACCUGCGAACCGUUGUAGACGGUCUGCCAGGCCCGGAAUUGUUCAUCUAUCCAUUUUUACAAACCGAUUUUCUUCAGUUUACUCAGAAGAACUUGACCGACGCAACCAGAAAGAGCAUGCUCAAGAGCGCUCUUACCGGUCUAGCUGCUAUGCAUGAUCGAAACAUUAUUCACACUGAUAUAAAACCAAAUAACAUUCUCUUGGACUACGAGGACAUAGAUGGUAUAUUAUCUGUCAAAAGGGUCCAAAUAUCGGACCUGGAGGACUCGGUAGUUCUUCCCCCGGGGAAAUACCUGAGGGACGCACUUUGCGGUAACCAGAUGUGGAGGAGUCCUGAGUCCUGGGCCCGAGCAGCCCAAGGCACUCCAUCAGACAUUUUCUCCUUUGGCAUUGUGUCUAUUUACGUGGUACUGAAUGAAAUGGUCUUUCGCACUACCGACGAAGAGUUAGCGGCAGACGACUCAUGGCGGCACAUUCUUAAACGCCAUAUCUCUUUCUUUGGCGAAGAGAACGGUUUCAAGGGCUUGUUGGAAUGGAUUGGUGAGGAAAACCCAUUCUUCGAACGCCUUAUUGCUCUCGCUGGAAGCUUUAAGGAGGAGGGGAAACUCCGAAAACCGUUCGAGCUGCGAUAUUAUGUGGAUGCGCAGUUCCGUGAUCUUGUUGGCAAGAUGACAACAUUGGAUCCUGCGAAGAGAAUUACAGCGCGGGAGGCGUUGGAACAUCCCUGGUUUAAGGAGAGCGAGUGA